ACCCAAGAAGAGCAACUCAACAGUUAAACCUAAAUUUCCACUUCGCGAAUAUGGAAACCCAACGCCUGAUCUUCUUCAUCCUCUUCUCUGUCUUUCUGCCUGCUAUUUCCAUGGCUUUCCCAUGCCCACCACUUCUUGGAAGCUACUGCGUAAUACAUGCCAAUCAAACUCACGUUAAACAUCUUGGACAAUUUGCAGUUACCCAAGCUCACAAAAAUCUCACUUUCCUUUCUGUGGUGGAAGCUCAGAGGCAGGUAGUGAACGGGUUCAAUUAUAAGUUGGCAAUUCAAGUUCUUGAGGGUGGAUAUUCUAGGGUUUAUGAGGCCCUUGUGUACGAGCCAAUUAAGGGGGGCAGAAAGCUCACAAAAUUUGAGCCUCUUCUCCCUCUUCCAUCCCCACCACUGUAUGGUGGCUUCCACCAAACAGAUACCAAUGCAACCAUAAUUCAACAUCUGGGCGAAUCUGCAGUCGCGAAUGCCAAUGACAAGUAUCUGUCGUUUGUUUCUGUAGUCGAAGCUCAGGUGCAAGUGCUUAACAAGAUCAGAAACUACAGGAUCGCCGUGCAAGUCCUCCAAAUCGGCUAUAGUAGAGUUUACAAGGCUGAGGUGUCGGUGACAGAAAUUACCACGAAAAUCAUUUCCUUUAAACCUCUUCUUCCUCUUGUCAAUGAGUAGUCUCUCUCUCGCUCUAUCUGAAUAAGCCGACAUCGAUCUGUGUCUUUGUGCAAUGGUGCUGUUUUAGCUAUAAGUGCGUACUGUACUCCGUUAUUGGUCUCGUUAUAUAGUUCGCAUCAAAUGGCACCGUAUCCCGCUUUGGGCCUCGGUGCGUUGAUGUCGUGAAAUAAGGAUGCCGUCCAUUUUGAGUCCCACUUAAGCAAAUAUUGUUGUCAAAACACGGUAUUGUGUACUCCAUUGUUUUAGAAUUUAGAUAUAUGAAAUAAUGCUUCCCUUUGACCGUUAUAUAGGUCCA